AUGAUAACGGUUCAGAAACGUUGGGAAUUAGGGAAGGCAACUACAUCUAUGUCAUGGGAGUCUUCAACGCAAUCUUGGGAAAAAGCGACAUCCCUUCAAGACACUGGUGCCACGGACUCGGAACUAGGAACUCAGACAGACUCAACGACCUUCUUGAAACCUAAAAACUCUUUCACAACCUGUUCGAGAAACCAGAAAGGAAUAGAUGGACCUGUGAAUCUCCAAACGGAGACGUCCACAAGGAGAUCGACCACAUUGUCACGCACCGGUAAUGGAGACUUCUCGCCUUCGCCGUCGUACCCAGUUUUGAAACAGACUCCGACCAUCGCCUCGUACGAGCCAAGGUCAGCCUCAACCACGGAAUGAUGAAACGGAAACUCCAUUAACCGCCACGUCUUCGGAGACGCAUCUUUCCUCCUGCCAUUCUCCGGAACAACAUCAAGGAGCACGAAUGGAGACUGAGAGAAGACCCAACCGACGACUACAAACACCUUUGCGAGAACAUGCUCAACUGUGCCAAAUCCGCAGCCCGUCCAUCCUCCAGCUUCCACCCCGUCUCAACCAGAGAGCCACAACCCCUCGAAAAUGACGAAAAAAGCGAAAGACGUCCCCAACUCUACCCACCUGGAGAAGAUGAUCAUCAACAAAGCAUACUGUACUUUUUGGUUAAUUUGCAAUAUUAG